AUGAGCAGUGAGCAUAGGAAGGAAAUACGUGAAGUGAUGAAUGUAAAGGAGACCGCGAAUAAUAGCUGCUACCUUGGGCUGGCCGUGCUCGUGGGUAAGAAUAAAAAGGAGAUUUUCGGAUUUAUUAAGGACCGUGUGUGGCAUAAAAUUAAAGGGUGGAACUCUAAAUUUUUGUCUAGAGGUGGAAAAGAAAUUCUUAUCAAGACGAUGGCACAAGCUAUGAAAAUUAUUAUUUUCGAGUUUCAAGCGGAUAUCAAGUUAGGGGCCCUUAGAAUUGGGAAUGGUAUUUCUACUUCGGUUUGGGGUGAUCCUUGGCUUCUUGAAGGUUGGGAUGAAGAGUUGGUGAAAGAUGUGUUUGUGGAGGAAGAUGUUGGCCGCAUUCUCAGCAUUCCGGUGAGUAAUAGGAAUAUCGAAUAUCGGUGUUGGUGGAGAUUUGAAAAGAAAGGCAACUUUAGUGCGAAGAGUUUCGAUAAUCAUGCUUAUAAUUUAGUGAUGGAGAAUCCUACUGAAUUAUGGAGCAAAGUUGCAGUGCAAGAAACGGCCCUCCAUCUUCUUAAUGAUUGUUUUGUAUCUAAGGAGUGUUGGAAUUUGUCUGGAAUUUCCAUGACCAAGUCGGGUUUUGCAAGUGUCCAGGAAUGGUGUUUGGAUUGGCUUUGCAGGUUAUCUAAAGAGGAGCAGGCUACUGUUGCAUUUAUUAGCUGGAAUAUUUGGCUAAAUAGAAAUAAAAUGGUUUGGAAAAAUGGUGGCAGCUCAGUUAGAGAGAUUGUGGGGGUAGCAGGGAAGCAGCGCAUGGGAGUGGGCAUUGUGGUCCGGAAUAGUGACGGUAAUGUGGUGCAGGCUCGAGGUUGUAGUUGGUUUGGAUCCUAUUCUCCUCGUAUAGCGGAGAUUAUGGGUAUUAGAGAGGCACUCAGGUGGCUUAAGGGUCGAGAGAAGAUUGUUUUUGAAUCAGACGCUAUGGACGUUGAGCUUGAAAUUCGGAAUCAAAGUUUAGUCGAGUCUGAGGUGCUUAUUGUUGAUUGUGUUGAGCUAGCAAAGCAGUUAGAUAAUGUUUAUUUUGUUUUCGUGAGGCGAUUUGCGAACAAAGCUGCGCAUGUCUUAGCGCAAUAUGCUAGUUCCAUUUCAGGUCAUCAGGAGUGA